CGAUCGAUCACUCCAGCCCGCUUCACUCGCUGUCCUCUGCAUUUGCUGUCAACGCUCGAUCCGCUCGCAGACUCUGCACGUCCGUUGGAAAAAUGGCAAAGGCCGUGAGACUGAACACCGGUGCUCUGAUGCCCGUUGUUGGACUUGGGACAUGGAAGUCUGAACCUGGUAAGGUUACCGAAGCAGUGAAAGCAGCCAUCGCAGCAGGUUACAGGCACAUCGAUGGAGCGUAUGUCUACCACAACGAGACAGAGGUGGGAGAUGGAGUUCAUGCAAUGAUCAAGAAAGGUGUGGUGAAGAGAGAGGAUCUUUUCAUCGUUAGCAAGCUGUGGUGCACUUUCCACGAGAAGCCCCUGGUGAGGAAAGCCUGUGAGAAGACUCUCCGUGAUCUUAGAAUGGACUACAUAGACCUCUAUCUGGUGCACCUUCCCAUGGGUUUCAAGGCUGGCGGUGAUGACUUUCCUUUGGACAGCGAAGGACAGGCAAUCAGUGACAACACUCACUUCUUGGACACAUGGGAGGCAAUGGAACUGCUUGUGGAUGCCGGCUUGGUCAAAGCUAUCGGUAUCUCCAACUUCAACAAGGCGCAAAUUGAAGCCCUUCUCAACAAGCCGGGCCUCAAGUACAAGCCUGCCAACAACCAGGUGGAGUGCCACCCAUACCUGAACCAGGAGAAACUGAUCAACUUCUGCCACUCAAAGGGCAUCUCAGUGACGGCUUACAGCCCCCUGGGCUCCCCUGAUAGACCCUGGGCUAAACCAGGAGACCCAUCACUUCUGGAGGAACCCAGCAUUAAGGCCAUCGCCGAAAAGCACAAGAAGACACCUGCUCAGGUCCUGAUCCGCUUCCACAUCCAGAGGAACGUGGUUGUAAUCCCCAAGUCCAUCACACCUCAUCGCAUUCAGGAGAAUUUCCAAGUGUUUGACUUUCAACUUACUGAGGGGGAGAUGAAAACUAUAUUAGGAUUCAACAGGAACUGGAGAGCCUGCCCCAUGGAAUGGGGCAUGAAGCACAAGGAUUAUCCAUUCAGUGCUGAAUUCUGAAAAGAAAACAUGCUGAUUUCCCACAGGUUUACAUGGGGAGCUGGGAUUUGCUUCUCUGCCAUCUUGACUGAUGGCUUUCCUGUUCUUUAGAGCAGUUUGCACUAUUUUUGUGGCCUUGCAUCUGAUUUUUAUUUUCAUAUUAUAUUUCUUGGGGGAAACAAAAACUUCUUUUGUUACUCGUCUUAUCACCAAACAGUUUUAAAUGCACUCCAAAGACCUAUUUACAUUCAAGAUGCUGAGUUUCUUCAUGAUGGAUAGGAGUUUUGCACUAGUACAACUUGAGUAUUGGCGUCUUUAACUUACAAGCUGUGGAACUGUUCUGUCAGUUUCAAGAAUUUAAUUGUUUUUUUUUUGUCUUAGUGUAAAUUCACCCGUUUUGAUUUGUUGUCAGUGUGACCUUAAGUUACUAAAUAUCACAAAUGCGUGCCAUAUACAGAACAAAGUUAAUAUUUUUAGUUUUAAGUUAUUUCUGAGAGCAGAACGAGCAAUUUACAAGAGCAAGGAAGUAAUGUGUUAGGUUUAUGUGUUUGUAGUGUUACAUGUAAGAGGAAAAAACUACCUGCAUUAAAUUCUCAUAGCCAAACUAACAGAUAAAAUCAGCAUCUAAGUCAAAAUAUAUUUUUGUGGCACAAAUGUGAUGUGUCAUUCUUCAAAAUAGUCCUUAUUCGACUAAAUCUGUUCUUCCUCUUAAUUUCUGUAAGCGCACUUUGAUUUUUUUUUUAUUACUUUGGCAGAGGUAUUAGUGCUUUGGGAUAUAAUUUUAAUUGCAAAAUCAUAAGCACAUAUUUGCUCAACUAGGAUGACAGAGUCAUUCCUACUAUUAGCAUGUCAUGUGUGGCACUUUGUAAUCAUGUGUAUGAACCCUGUUAUGAAAUAAUCACUCUCACUUCCCUCUUUUUGCAGAGCAUUAAAAUAAAGACUUGUGGGAGAAAAUAAAAG